AUGACAAGUGAUGUCAUCUGUUACGUCAGUUACGGCUCCUACACAUGGCGAGUGACAAACACCAUCACCAAUAAGCUUCAGACCUUCAGUAACAGAUGCCUGCGCCACAUCCUCAACAUCAAGUGGCCUGAGAAGAUCUCCAACACAGACCUGUGGUGUGGGAAGAGCUUUAGUUCCCGAUGGAGUCUAAAAAGACACCAGCGCAUUCACACUGGAGAGAAACCACAUCAGUGCUCACAGUGUGGAAAGAGUUUUAAUCAACAGAGUGCUCUCAAAAUACACCAGCGCAUUCACACUGGAGAGAAACGAUAUCAGUGCUCACAGUGUGGAAAGAAAUUUGUUCAACAGAGUAAUCUCAAAGAACACCAGCGCAUUCACACUGGAGAGAAACUAUAUCAGUGCUUACAGUGUGGAAAGAGUUUUAGUAAACAAAGUCAUCUCAAAGAACACCAGCACAUUCACACUGGACAGAAAUCGUAUCAGUGCUCACAGUGUGGAAAGAGUUUCAAUUGUCAGAGUAAUCUGAAAAUACACCAGCGCAUUCACACUGGAGAGAAACCAUAUCAGUGCUCACAGUGUGGGAUGAGUUUCUAUCGUCAGAGUCAUCUCAAAAUACACCAGCACAUUCACACUGGAGAGAAACCGUAUCAGUGCUCACAGUGUGGGAAGAGUUUUUAUCGUCAGACUACUCUUACAAGACACCAGCGCAUUCACACUGGAGAGAAACCGUAUCAGUGCGCACAGUGUGAGAAGAGUUUUAAUUGUCAGAGUAAUUUCAAAACACACCAGCGCAUUCACACUGGAGAGAAACCAUAUCAGUGCUCACAGUGUGGAAAGAGUUUUAAUCAACAGAGUGAUCUCAAAAAACACCAGCGCAUUCACACUGGAGAGAAACCGUAUCAGUGCUCACAGUGUGAAAAGAGUUUUAAAACACAGAGUGAUCUAACAAUACAUCAGCGCAUUCACACUGGAGAGAAGCCAUAUCAGUGCUCACAGUGUGGGAAGAGUUUUAUUACACAGGGUCAUCUCAAAAUACACCAGCGCAUUCAUACUGGAGAGAAGCCAUAUCAGUGCUCACAGUGUGGGAAGAGUUUUAUUACACAGAGUAAUCUCAAAAAACACCAGCGCACUCACACUGGAGAGUACCAGCUAGUGGAGGUGUCGGAGGGGGCGUGUGUAGCAGUAGAGGUGAAUUAUGAUCAGGUAAUUGGAUACGACUAGAUUGGGAUUGGACUGAUGCUCUAUCCAGGGUGAGUGAGUGAGGGUCUCUCACAGAUAGGCGGUCCUCCUGUAUGGGUUCAAGACAUGGCGAGUGACAAACACCAUCACCAAUAAGCUUCAGACCUUCAGUAACAGAUGCCUGCGCCACAUCCUCAACAUCAAGUGGCCUGAGAAGAUCUCCAACACAGACCUGUGGGUAAGAACCAGCCAGAACUCCAUCAGCCAGGACAUGAAGAAACGGAAGUGGAGUUGGAUUGGCCAUACCCUACACAGACCAAGCCCUGGACUGGAACCCACAGGGGAAACUCAGAGUGGGAACGCCAAAGCAGACGUGGAGGGCGAGGCAAGAGACCUAUCAUGGACCCAGCUGAGGAGGGAAACACUGGGUGUGGAGGGGUGUGGUUGCAGCUCUUUGCUCCACAAGGAGC